AUGAAGUCGAUUUUCCAUUUGUUGAUAAUACUUCUGGCUUUGAUGCCACUUGGUAGGUCAUCCAAAAGAUCCACAAUAUUUGCUCGUCGUUCAGUACUGCCGGUUUCGGACGCGGAAAUGAGGUCUCGGCAGGAGGCGAAACACGAGCGGAAUCUGGCGGAUCCGUUCGAUUUUCGCUAUCACACACUUCGCAGAUUCAACUACGCGCGGACGAUCAUCGCUUCCGGAGACUUGGAGAAGUUUUUCGAAACUCUAGCCCUUUUAAGACGACUGCCAUCGGUCGGACCGGCGUCCAACAUGUACAAACUGGUUAAUACAGUGUUCAAUGAUAUUUUCAGUGGUCUGAUUACAGAAAUGGAAUCGAACUCUUGAGCAAAUGGCGUACAAAAAGGCGAUGGGGAUGGUUCCUGACGCGUCGGCCACGAAAGGUCUCAAGAAUAGCGGAACUGAUACAGGAGGCAAUCCGGGAUUCUAUUGGGCCGGCGACUUAGUCGAUGCGCUGAUCGAAGUCGUCAAAGGGUUCGGAGGGCAACAACUUGUAGACAUGAUCAACAAAUAUCAAAAACUAGUAGGUCAACGGAGGACAUUCACCCGCUUUGGAAGAUAUUCUUCAGAUUGAAACCAUUGUGAUUAUAAUUUGGAUGGCAGUCAACUAUCCUCUCGACCCAUUUCAUUAUCCACGAGAUAAACACGGAUCUUUUGGAGCCACGGAAAUUCUUCACGCGAAACGAUAUGAAGUUGGCUGUUACUCUCGAGUCAUUUUUUCCUAUUGUGUGCUCGGAGAGUAGGGAUUCGCCGGUUCCUUUACAUUGCGGCUUUUUGAAUUUACAGAGCCGAAUACGACGGAAGAUUGUUCAAAAGGAGUGCCUCGUGUGUCGAGUGUCCGGACGGAUCGCAGUGCGAAUGGUUCCGCGAGGACGACGGAUCGUAUCGAGAGGGCAAUCUGUGCAUUCUCGACGAGAAGUACCUGAAGGCGAAGGCGGAUAACGCUUCCGGAUUGAAUUUCACGUCGACGAUGACGAGUGACGGCUGCCGACCCGAGUAUCUCAUUGUUUUCGGCGUCGUUCUCGUUUUGUGUCUUCGUUUUUGGCGUUGA